GGCCCCAUUUUGCUUUCCUUCUAGACGGAGAAGAGCUACAAAAACUCUCACUGCGACUAUUGCAACUCACUCUCUCUCUGUUCUUUCUCUCUCCACUUUGCUUUUAUUUGACACAUACAUUUCUGCUGUAUGUGUAAAACCAGAGAACGUUUCUGGUUCUAGGUUUUAUAGAAUCUCUCGACCCUUCUCAUUCGUGUCAGAAGCUAAUCGAAACCCUCGUGACCUCUUCAAUCCUCCCCCUUUCUCUCUCUCUCUCUCUUUGUAACCUCAUUCCCUGUGAUUUGUCAUUGGUACUGGUUUGAUUCGCCGCUGUUUUCAAGAAUUGGUCCUGGGAGUUUCUACUGUCACCAUGCAAUUCCUCAAUUAUUUCUAUAUCUCAUUUCGUGCCUCUUCCUGCAUUUGCCAAAUUCGAUAGAUACCUAAUGUUCAAUUUGUUCUGUCAGAAUUGAACUUAGUCCCUAUACUGAUUUUUAGGGUUUAAAGAUCUGAAUUUUUUUCAGUUUGGAGUUCCAGUGCUUCUUUUUUCCUUUUCUGUUUGGGGGUGUGGGUGGUGAGGCAUUAUCAGGUGGAAUGAAUAGUCUCUUCAGUGAACAGAUACUUGCAGACAAGUUCUCCAAGCUCAACAGCACUCAACAGUGUAUUGAAACAUUGUCACAUUGGUGUAUUUUUCACCGGAGCAAGGCAGAGCUGGUUGUUGCAACAUGGGAUAAGCAGUUCCAUAGUUCGCAGAUGGUUCAAAAAGUUCCCCUUCUGUAUCUUGCAAAUGACAUCCUGCAGAAUAGCAAGCGUAAAGGAAAUGAAUUUGUUAAUGAAUUUUGGAAGGUUCUUCCUGCAGCAGUCAAAGAUUUAUUAGAGAAAGGUGAUGAUCACGGAAAGAAUGUGGUGUCCAGAUUGGUUUCUAUAUGGGAAGAAAGGAGAGUAUUUGGAUCCCGAUCACGGAGCCUUAAAAAUGUAAUGCUUGGAGAAGAAUUGUCCCCACCCUUGGAGUUCAGAAAAAAGCGUUCUCGUUCUGUGAGAAUUGUAAAAAGGGAUUCACGCUCAAUAAAAACGAAAUUAACCAUUGGAGGCUCAGCAGAAAGGAUAGUGUCAGCAUUUCACUUGGUUCUCAGUGAACAUCCUAGUGAAGAUGAAGAGAUGAGUAAAUGCAAGUCUGCUGCCCAUCGUGUUAGGAAAAUGGAGAAAGAUGUUGACCUUGCCUGUAGCAAAGCAAAGGAUCCAAAGCGAAAAACUUUGUCCAAAGAUCUAGAGGAGGAAGAGACUCUUUUGAAACAGUGUAUUGUCAAAUUGAAGAUAGUUGAAUCAAAUAGAGUGGCCCUUGUAUCUCAGUUACAGCAAGCUCUGCAUGAACAGGAGUCGGAAUUAGAGAAUGUUCGCACUCAGAUGCAGGUAGCAGAGGUGCAGGCAGAGGAAGCCGGCAACAUGCGGAAGCGGCUUGAUGAUGAAAAUUAUGUUGCUGUUUCAAAACCAUCAACCACAAACCCAACAUCAACAGAUGCAAAUGCUAAAGCGGGACAAGCACCAAAGAAGACAGCUGCUGCCAUUGCAGCUGAGGUUGCUGACAAGCUUGCAGCUUCUAGCUCCUCUCAAUAUAUCAUGACUUCUGUUCUCUCUACAUUUGCAGCUGAAGAGGCAAAAAACACAGGACUGACCAAGGCUUCCACACUGUCCAAUUCUUUCACAUCUCCCAUCAAUUCAGCUACCUAUUCAACGCCAAAAGCAGAACAAUCCAUUCCUGUUUCAGAUCCCAAUGUCUUUAUGCAAGGACAGCCGUUCACUGCUCCACCAAACAAUCCUUAUCAAUCAGUUUUGCUACCUCAACCAACCAUGCAGAGUCGCACCCCCAUCUCCCAAGCCCAAUACCAUAUACUUUCUAACCCACCUUCCCAACAUUAUUUGCAACCAUCAGGAGGGAUUGUGAGUUCAUAUAAUUACAGUAGCAUUCCACCCUUGACAUCAGGGCCGUUCCCACCCACUCCACACAUGAUGAGUCCGAUGGUGCCAUUUACCCAGCAACCAUUGCAGAUAUCUCAACAGCAACCACUAACAUUACCCCACCAGUCAUCUGCAUUAACUCAGCAGCAACCGAUACCUUCACCUCAGCAACUACCGGGGCCUCUUAAUUUUCAACCUCUUGGACCUCUCCAGCCACCUAGUAUGAUGUACUAUGCUCACCCUUAUCAUUCUCAGUGAGAAAAGGUCUUCAAGUAAAUAGUCCAAUCAAUUGACAUGUUUAGGCAGUGUUUUUUUUGUGGAGAAUUUUUGGACAUUUGUUUGUGCAAAUUGGUUGAGUUGAGAUACUAGAUAUAGAGAGGUCUUGACAAUAAUUAAAUAGGUUUAUGCAUCCAUAGAGCAACUGACAGUGCAGGUGAAGAAUAGAAAUGAUAUUUCCAUUGUCAGGCCAAGUCAGAUUUAGGGUCAAUGGACAAUCUCUGUGUCCACCAUCUGUUGUUGUCUUUCAUUUGUCUUUGCUAUUAUUUCCUUUUUCUCCUCAUAAAUUAUACUUGUAAAAUGUUGUUCCAGAGGCAGCUGACAAUUUUGUAUUGGCAAGUCAAACCUGAUAAAGCAUUGCCUUUCUCAUUGGAUAAUUAAUUUCUUGUGAUUUGUGGAA